AUGUCUUUCACCGCGGGAAACUUGGUUCUGAUCAGAGAGAACCUGGACCAAGUCAAUCUGAAACUGCUGUACAUCCUCACAGUGUUAAUUUGCCUCUUAUUGGGCAUCUUUCGCGCAGUGUACCUACUGUACUUUCAUCCUCUGAGCAAAAUACCUGGACCAACGCUCGCAGCGCUGAGUACUUGGUGGCAGAAGUACUAUGCAGCAAAGCUUCUCAAAGCAGAUCAAAUUCAAGCGGCCCAUUUGAAAUACGGCGACAUCGUCAGAAUUGGUCCCAAUGAGCUCUCUUUCUCGAAUCCAAGGCAUCUCAAAGCCAUUUACGGGCACAAUGUCCCUGUUCUGAAGACGGAAUUCUAUGCUGGUGGCAAGUUCACCAGCGAAGACAAUGUUUUCUCGAUGAGAAAUCGAGACCAACAUGCCGCUCGCAGAAAGCUGAUGAGUAGAAAUUUUGCACAGGCACCCCUGAUGGAGCUGGCCCCUGAUUUGAUGCGUAAGGCGCAGGCUCUAUGCUCCAAGUUGGAAGAGCUUGGAUCCGGGACAAUCAACGUUUAUCCGUGGCUUCAUCGUCUGGGGCUAGAAUUCAUCUUCAUGUUGACUCUAGGUCGUGAUUUCAAAUUGACAGAAACCGACACGCAUCACCACGCUUUAAGAAAUCUUGAGGUUUUCCCUGAGAACUUCGCUAUCACGGCGAUAUUUCCAUUUCUAAAGAAACACGGUGUCGAUGUUCCUAUCAAAUCGAUCAGGACUCCUUUCGAGAUUCAAGCUGGGUGGGAAAAGUACUGUCUUGAAAUUGUGGCAGAAGAACGGGCGAAAAUGCCGGAAGAAAGAUCAUCAUGGAUAAAGAGGCUGAUGGAUAGGGAUGACGACUUUCUGGGAAGACCUCUGCGAGAUCUUGAGAUUGCAGAGGAGAUUGUAGGUGUGUUAUUUGCAGGAUCUGGGACAGCAUCAUCAACGCUCGCGUUCCUCAUUUAUUCCGUUGUGGCAGAUCAGAAGAUAUACGCGAAGCUCAAGAGAGAGCUCCAUGACGAGCUGCCAGACUGGCCUGUCCAUGGUGACGUGUUGCCUGAUAUCAAUGCUAUUCAACACCUGCCAUAUCUCAAUGCCGUGGUCAAUGAGACCUUGCGUCGAUUCCCUACCAUUCCGGGCUCCAUGCCUCGUAGGAUCGUCUCUGAUAACGUCAAGAUUGACAAGUUGGAGUUGAGAAAAGACACUAUCGUUAGCGCACAGAACUACAGUCUCCACAUGCAUGAGGAAUACUAUCCCUCUCCCGAGAUGUUCGAUCCAGAAAGAUUUCUUGGGCCGGACCAGAAGAAGGCGAGGGAUGGGCUGAAUGCAUUCUCAGAGGGACCGAGAGCCUGUCUCGGUCGAAACUUAGCAGUCUUGGAACUGCAGAUUGUAACAUCAUUGUUCUUCCGAUAUUUCGACGUGAAGAUGGACCCGUCGAUGAAAGCGGAUGACAUGGCGAUGAAGGUUGUCUUCAGUGGCAGUCCCAGUGGAGAGAAAGUUUUACUCAACCUGCGGAAGGUGACAUCUUAG